UGCGCAUUGUGAAGGGUCCGCGGCUGCCGCUUAAUGCGUGGCUUUCAGGGCUGAGAUUUGGGGGCUCCUCGGGUUAUGAGACGAGACAUCGUGUAACGGGGACUGCUCGUGAAUGGAAAGAGCUGAGAACAGGCACGAGAGACGCAGACAUGAAGCACCUUCCUCCGGAGACUGUGCGCCUGCUGUCCAGUUCACAGGUUGUCACCUCAGUUCUCAGCGUGGUAAAGGAGCUCGUCGAGAACGCGCUUGAUGCAGGUGCAUCCAGUAUCGAGGUCAAGCUGGACAACUAUGGGUUUGACCGUGUCGAAGUGAGAGACAACGGCAGUGGGAUCGAAGCAGCUGACGCGCCUGUGAUGGCAGUAAAGCACUACACUUCGAAAAUCAGCUCGGCGGCCGACUUUGACACUCUAGAAACAUACGGCUUCCGCGGUGAAGCCCUGGGCUCCAUCUGUGCUGUGGCAGAGGUGGUCGUCACUAGCAAGACUGCAGAUGCUGACUUGAGCACACAGUAUACACUGGACUCGGAGGGCCAUGUCCUCUCCCAGAAGCCUUCUCACCUGGGACAAGGUACAACUGUCACCGUUUGCAGUCUCUUUAAGAAUCUUCCUGUGAGGAAGCAGUUUUACUCGACAAGCAAAAAGUGCAAAGAAGAGCUUAAAAGAAUCCAGGAUUUGCUCAUGGCCUACGCUAUAAUCCAGCCUGAGCUGAGGCUGACGUUCACGCACAACAAGGCACUUGUUUGGCACAAGGCCAAGGUGUCGGAUUCUCGAGCAGGACUCAUGUGUGUGCUUGGGACGGCCGCCAUGAACAACAUGAUGCCUGUCCAGUUCCAGCAGGACGAGCCACAGGUAGAUCUCAGUGGAUUUAUCCCCAGACCUGGUAGUGACAACUCCAUGAGCUCCAGCAGCACUGACCGGACCUUCGUUUUCAUAAAUGCCAGGCCGGUUCAUCACAAAGAGAUUCUUAAGCUCAUCCGCAGGUAUCAUGGAGGACAACCGAGCAGGGAGACGUCAUGCGGCCGCUACCCGCUCAUGCUGCUGGACAUCAGAGUUCCUGCCCAGUCAGUUGAUGUCAAUGUGACCCCUGACAAGACGCAAGUCCUGCUUCACAAUAAGGAUGUGGUGUUGGUGGCUGUGGAGACCGCAUUGGCAUCUGUGUACGGUCCCCUCGCGGAGGUGCCAUGUUCUCUGCUUGUUCCGCCAGAAGUAGAGCAGAGCCAUUCGGCACCGGACCUUGCCAGCGAGGAAGGCACUGCCCUCCCACAACCUCCUCUGGAAACCACUGCUGAGCCCGCAGGCGUAAGUGAAGAAGUACAAGCAGGCGGGACAAAGAAGCAGCAAGGCCGAAUAGAUGGUGACCGAUGGAGCCUGGGUCACCUGCCAAGUGACCCUGCAUCAGAAGAACACCUGCAGCCAGUGAAGGUCUUUGUGCCCAAGCGGGAUGGAGCUCCAGUGCCAAGCUGUGGCCCAGACAAGACCCCCAGCAAAGUGGCAAAGGUGACUGCCUACGACUUGAUUAGCAACCGUGCGGUGCGGCAGCCCCAGUCUGCCAGUGCUCUGUUCAGUCAGGAAGCACGAGUGAAGGUCCUAGCAGACAAUCCAGAGGCAGGUCCACAGGAGAUUAGCAACAUUGUGGAACGACUAUGGAAGAAUGCGCCACAGGAAGAGAGAAAGAAGUAUGAGGAGAAGGCAGAACGCGAGACGACAAGAUAUGAGUGCCAGUCUAAGAGGGCAUCUGAAAAGAGCACGGAGCAGCUGGCCAAGCUGAGUCGAGCACCAAAGCACAAGGCGGUGCCCUCCAAGCAGCAGAUCCUGGACAAGCUCCUCCUGUCUCAGGCCGAGAAGCCGCGUCCUCCACUGGCACCGGACAGGCCGUGUAGAGAUGCCCCCUUCUCGCUGGCGGCGCUCAAAACGCGCCUGAAUCUCCUCUCGAAGCGGGUUGGCCCCUCCGCAGAACGAAUGCACCUCAUUGGCCAACUGGGUUCACACCCGGCUUGGCUCGUCUCAUCUGGAGACCAACUCCUCCUGCUGAACCCCUUCCGGGCCGAGGAGAGGCUGCUCUUCAGACGUCUGCUGGCGGAGAACCUGCUUCCCACGGAGAAACUGGAAAGCCCGCUGCGCCUGUCUGAUGGCCUUCUCGGAGGUUCAGUCUACAGGGAGGCCCUCUGCAGCAUGGAGAAGACCAGCGUGGGACCAGGGGGGACAGCCACCUUCUCUGACGCGCGGCUGGUGGCCAAUGGCUUUCAGAUCAGACACAUUCCAGGUGCCACUGCCACAGAUGGGCUCUUGGAGAUUGUGGCGAUGGCCACCUGUGUGCCCUUCUACGGCCUGUCGGACUUGAAGGACAUCCUGCACCGCGUAGUUCACGACGGGGCCCAAAGCGUCCAGCAGUGUCGGCCGCUCAAAGUCCACCGCUACUUGGAGGGAGAGGCGGUCCGGCUGGCACGCAGGUUACCACUCAUGAUGACCAAGGAGGACGUGGACGACACCUUGAGCAGGAUGUCUGGGCUGGAGGGCGACUGCACGUCGUGUCUGCACGGCCGCCCGCUGCUGCAUCACCUGCUCGACCUCCCCGCACAGAACUGAUGCCCCCCUCGCUCGGCUGCCAGCCGUGCCCUCUCUCAAUAAAGGAUGCCUUUUUAUUUUUGCA